AUGAGCUCCCAGUCACAGGUCCCUUGCAGAGCUGGUCACCGCCGGCCGCAGCACCGCCGGUCGCGCAACGGAUGCCUGACCUGCAAACGGCGCAAGGUACGGUGCAACGAGGAGAAGCCACGAUGCUACCAUUGCGAUCGGCUGAGCCUUGAGUGUGUCUGGAACGACUCCGAACCUCCUGCGGACAUGGGAAGAGAGGAACCUGCUCGCGCUGAUCGGACCUCGUCGUCUACCGACAUGUUCGACUUUGCACAGUCCAUCGUCGAGGGCACAGUCGAUCUAUCCACGUUCCAGGACAUUUAUUUCCCACCCUUUAGUGAUCUUCCCAUGCCGGUGGAUGCCGUCCAGGAUCGUGUGUUAUUUCCCAAUCCCGCGACCCCGAGGUCAACGUUGGGGCUGUCCCAGUCGCCAGUUACGGACGUUCAUGUAGAUGACUUGAAUCUCCCCCCGAUUUUGGAUCCGGUCGAGAACGGGCCGAAACUCGCGUCGGUGAAGGCCCUGUUCCACAGCCUGGCAGCCUCGUCCUGGAUGGUCCGGUAUGCGAUUGCAGCCUUCGCAGCGAUCCAAUUUUCGUCUGCGGAGAGAAAGGCGGAUUACAAGGCAUACUACGACAAAGCGGCGUAUGACUUGUCGGAAGCAAUCGACACGUACGAGGGGUUUAGGAUGCUCGAUGGUCAAGAUCUUCGGUGCGCUCUGGCCACUAUCUUCUUCCUUACGUACAUCGAUCUUUUGACGGGUGAGUUCGGUUUGGCUUGUUCAAAUCUGGAGACGGCACACUAUGUGUUGCAAGGAGCAGGGAUUGGCGCCUUGGGUCCCAUAGAGCAGAGAAUUGUCUCUUGGAUUCGACUACUCGACGCGCGAGCGGCCUCCGCGGGCGGUAAGGGCCGUUUGGUCAAUGACACGUCAAAAAUCGUCAAGCUGAUGACCCCAAGCUCCCCAAGCACCACGCACCAGAGCACUAAUCCUGCCGCUAACUCCGGACCGCAGGAGGUGAUCUACGAGAUGCUCUGCCAGCCAGGGAUUGCGUUCUAUCAAGAAGUUCAGACCAUCACUGUCCGCAUAACAGGGAUUUCGCAUGCCCACCGCAGCCGAGGAAGCGUAGAGGACGAGACGGAGGUAAUGGCAAUCGCGGCGGAUAUUCUUCGUGACUUGACCUCCCUAUAUGCCCACCGGCCCACCCUGAUGGACUUCGCCGUGUCCGGGAAUAUUGGCGAGGAUGCGCUAGCUGAACCGCUCGCGUCAGCUAUCGUUCGGUCGUUCCAGACAUACCUAGCGAACUUUUACGCCUGUUACAUCCACCUGCACCGAGUCGCGCACCGUCAUCUAGCUCGUUCCAAUACUGUGGUGACCGCAAUAAACAAAAUCAAGGAAAUACUGCAUCUCAUGGCUAGUUCUAAUGAAUAUAUCCCGGUCAACAUGCUGUGGCCAUUGUUCCUGUGGGGCAGUGAAGAGGAUGACCGGAACGAGUGUCAAUGGAUCCUGAAGACUACCCGCAGUCUUCACGAUAUCGUCACGAAUGCGAAUAUGGCCGCAAACGCAUUACAAGAGAUCCAAACGAGGCAGCAGGAGGCUGGAUCGAGGGUCGACAUCCAUUCUGUUUUUCUGGAAUUGUUCAACACCACCUUUGCGAUGGUUUGA